UUUUUUAAAUCCCUUGGUCUAUGCGGUCUCUCUUGUUCGAGUAAUAUUUUGUCUAGGUGAAGAUAAACAAAAAAAUUCGGUAUAGUGGGAUCUGAAAUCUGAUGAGAUUGGCAAGUUGAUUGUGAUAUUCUUUCUUGUGCAUAUACGUACUUUUGCCUAUUAGUUUUUUUUUUUGGCAUACGUAUGAAUUUGUGCUUGAACAGUACUUUUUGUUUCUGUGUUUCCGUUCAAUUUCAAUUUGCAUUAUCAUGAGUUUCAAAACGACCAGUGCAGUAAGCAAGGUCACACAGUGAAGAGUAUAGAAACAGUGGUCAUGUUUUAUACAAAGGAGUAGAGGAUUGAAAGUAUAUGGUGAAUCGCACAUGCUUCUGUCAUGUGAUCAUGUCUCUGUUGCCCUUUUUGAAACUUGAACCUUUUUGGUUUGUUUUUUCUCUCAAAAUCUUUCUCUCCUACUGAUUUAUUCUGUGGUUUCUCCAUCUUGAUAUUUCUCUCAACUUUUUGGAGAAACAAAUGGAAAGCUUAUUAGCAAAUCUGGUCGGUGGUAUCUGUAGUGAAAUAGUGUUUGUUUAUCUAUGUUCAGCCCCACAGAUCUAAUGGAAAAGAAUCCAAAGAUGCAUUGAUUAGCGGGAACAUGGGGAUGGGGGCUUAUUAUCAUGUCAGCAUAAGACUAGUCAGUCCAUGUGCAUCUGCAACACUCCCUAAGUGACUAGCAAGACUGUAGCAAACAUUGAAAGUAACCCAAAGUGCAGCGCGAUUAUAAUAAUAACCAGAUAUCAUCUUAACUUAAGAGCUAGCUGAUAUGGCUAUAAAUAGAAACGUCCGCGCAACGUUUGUUGAGUGCGAUGAGAGUGAGAAUGGGUCGUCUUCCUUUAACUCUUUGCUUGACCAUUCUGGUUUUGGCCACAGUAACAUUUGGUGUACCUCCUAAAAAGUCUGUGGAUGUUCCUUUCGGCAGGAACUAUUUCCCUACUUGGGCGUUUGAUCACAUUAAGUAUCUCAAUGGUGGUUCUGAAGUGCAUCUCGUCCUCGACAAGUACACUGGCACCGGCUUUCAGUCAAAAGGUUCCUACUUGUUUGGUCACUUCAGUAUGCACAUAAAGAUGGUUCCUGGGGACUCUGCCGGAACUGUGACCGCCUUCUAUUUGUCAUCACAGAACUCAGAACAUGAUGAGAUAGACUUCGAGUUUCUGGGGAACAGAACCGGGCAGCCUUACAUUUUGCAGACAAACGUGUUUACAGGAGGCAGAGGAAACCGAGAGCAGAGGAUCAACCUCUGGUUCGACCCUUCCAAGGACUAUCAUUCCUAUUCAGUUCUCUGGAAUAUGUAUCAGAUUGUGUUCUUUGUGGAUGAUGUGCCGAUAAGAGUGUUCAAGAACAGCAAAGACAUUGGGGUGAAGUUUCCAUUCAACCAGCCGAUGAAGAUAUAUUCGAGCCUGUGGAACGCAGACGACUGGGCCACAAGAGGAGGCUUAGAGAAGACCAACUGGGCAAAUGCUCCUUUCGUCGCUUCAUACAGAGGUUUCCACGUCGACGGAUGCGAGGCUUCAGUGAAUGCAAAGUUCUGCGAGACGCAAGGAAAACGUUGGUGGGAUCAGAAGGAGUUCCGAGACUUGGACGCUAAACAGUACAAGCGUCUCAAAUGGGUUCGUCAGAGAUUCACCAUCUACAACUAUUGUACUGACCGCGUCCGAUUUCCCGUUCCUCCUCCUGAGUGCCGCAGAGACCGCGACAUUUAGUGUUUCUCAGAUUGUCUCAUCUUAGAUCAUUUUUCUUUCCCUACUUUUUAAUGUUUAUUCUUCGUACAAGUUAUUGUAAGAGAUGAUCCAGAGAGGCUCGAGUUGUUAAAAUGAAAC